AUGGUCUUUACACCUCCCGCUUGGGCCCCCAAGCUCCCUGAAGUCCCGGACAAUAUCCCAGUCAGCGAGCUCAUGCUCAAUGAAUCCUAUGGCCGGUAUCCCCUGAACCAGGCCCGCGACCCUUUUACCUGCGGUUUCACAGGCAAGUCGUACUCCGCAUCGCAGGUCGUGGACCGGGUCGAGCAUUUGGCUCGGGGAUUGGCGAAGGAGCUGGGCUGGAAGCCUAAUGAGGGCUCGGAAUGGGAUAAGGUGUUGGGUAUUUUCUGUUACAAUACGAUCGAUACCCUGCCUCUGUCCUGGGCUGUCCACCAGUUGGGUGGUCUGGUGACCCCCGCUAACGCCGUUUACUCGGGCCCUGAAUUGAAGUACCAAUUGCAGGAUGCAAAGCCCAAGGCCCUGUUUACGUCUACUCCUCUCCUCUCCACAGCUCUCGAGGCUGCGUCGUUGGCCAAUUUCCCGAAGGACAAGAUCUACCUGAUCGACUUGCCGCCACAGAUGGGCCACUCAAAGGCGCCUUCUGGAUACAAGACAUUAGCUCAGAUUGAGGAGGCGGGCAAAUCUCUACCCAAGGUUGAGAAGUUGAAUUGGAAGGCUGGAGAGGCUGCUCGUCGGACGGCUUUCCUUUGCUACUCUAGUGGUACUUCUGGUUUGCCUAAAGGUGUUAUGAUUUCUCACCGGAAUGUCAUCGCCAACGUUAUUCAACUCACGUCGUAUGAGAAGAAAUACCGCCAAUCUAUCACCCCCGCUGGGAAGCCGCUCUACACCGAUGUUUCGCUUGGUCUUCUCCCUCAGAGCCACAUUUAUGCGCUGGUGGCGACUUGCCAUACUGGCGCCUACCGUGGUGACCAGACUGUUGUGCUGCCCAAGUUUGAGAUGAAGUCAUACCUCGAAUCUAUCCAAAACUUCAAGAUAUCUUGUCUCUUUGUGGUUCCUCCAAUCAUCAUCAAUAUGCUUCGGAACAAGGACCAGUGUGCCAAGUUUGACCUGAGCUCUGUUUCAAGCUUGUACACCGGGGCAGCACCACUGGGCCCGGAAACGGUUGAUGAAUACCUCAAGCUCUACCCCAGCGUGACUAUCAAGCAAGCAUACGGUCUCACAGAGACAUCGACUGUUGUCUGCUCCACUCACCCCAAGGACUUCCUGGUGGGCUCAUCUGGCUGCUUAAUGCCCGGCGCGGAAGUUCGCAUCUUGUCUCCCGAAGGCCAGGAAAUCACAUCCUAUGAUACACCUGGUGAAUUGGUCGUCCGCAGCCCCAGUGUCGUCUUAGGCUAUCUGAACAACGACAAGGCCACCAAGGAGACCUUCCGUGACGGAUGGAUGCACACUGGUGACGAAGCCGUCGUCCGCCAGAGCCCGGAGACCAAGUCCGAGCACAUCUUCAUUGUCGACCGCAUAAAGGAGUUGAUCAAGGUCAAGGGCCUGCAAGUUGCCCCCGCCGAACUCGAAGCCCACAUCCUCACCCACCCUGCCGUCGGCGACUGCGCCGUUGUCGCCAUUCCCGACGACGCAGCAGGCGAAGUCCCCAAGGCCAUCGUCGUCAAGUCUGCUGAAGCUGGUCCCGACGAUGCAGCAACCACUCAGGCGAUCAAGAAGCACGUCGAGGAGCACAAGGCUCGACACAAGUGGCUCAAGGGCGGUAUCCGGUUCGUCGAAGCUAUUCCCAAGAGUCCUAGUGGGAAGAUUCUGCGGAGACUGCUUAGGGACCAGGAGAAGGAAGCUCUCAGGAGGAGCGGCCCUAAACUUUUCAUCAUGUCCGUCAACGACCACCACGAAGAAGAAGACGCCUACCUCCAAGCCGAAGACGCCGAAGAAAUCGUCGAACGCGAUGAAGACCACCCUAUGGAGUCCGACGAUGAAGGCGAAGACCAAGACAACGAAGGCGACCAAAAUAUGGACUUCGAGCCUCAAGAAAUCGUCCUCCAAAACGAUUCCCUCGCGCACUUCGACCACCACAAAGACUCCCUCUUCUGCAUCGCCCAGCACCCAGUCCACAAUAACAUCGUGAUUACGGGUUCGGGUGAUGAUAGUGCGUUUAUUUUUGAUUCUACGCCGACGCAGGAACGGCCCGUGCUACCUGCGAGUUAUGAGUCUGAUCCGCAGCCGCGUGCGGAGAGGAAAGGUCUUGAACCGCUUGCGAAGCUAGACGGGCAUAGUGAUACAGUGAAUGCGGUUGCGUUUACGGAGCCGAAGGGCGAGUAUGUGGUUACGGCGGGGUUGGACGGGAAACUGCGUGCGUGGCGGGAUAGUUCUGCGGGUAGAAGUGGGACGGGGUGGGAGUUUGUUGCGGAAGCGCAGGAGGUAGAGGAGAUUAACUGGGUUGCUGUGUGUCCCUGUGAGGAGGGGGAUGAGGAGAAGAAGAAUGUUGUUGCGUUUGGAGCGAAUGAUGGGAGUGUGUGGGUGUUUAGGGUUGAUGUUGAGGAUGCGGCGCAGCCGGUUGCAAUUGUGCAGUCAUUUUUCAUGCAUACCAUGGCUUGUACAGCUGGUGCUUGGACGCCGGAUGGGAAGCUUUUGGCGACAGUUUCGGAGGAUGGGACGUUUUAUGUGUAUGAUGUGUUUGGGGCUGCGGCUGCGGUUGGGAUUUCGUACUCGCCUGGUAGCAGUGCGGUUGUUGGGUUGACACCUGAGGACCAGCGAUUUGCUGUUGACGGGGGGUUGUACUCUGUUGCUGUUGCGCCGUCUGGUGCGUUUGCAGCUGUUGGUGGUGCUGAAGGUCAUAUCAAGGUCGUUGGUCUUCCGCGUCUCCCGUCAUCUCCUGCUGCUGCGUCGUCGUCCAAGGCCAAGACCAAAGCUUCCACUCCGCAGUCCUCGACCGGUGCUUCCGCGGCAGGCACUCUCCUCGCCUCUCUGCAAGCCCAGACAGACGGUAUCGAAACCCUCUCCUUCUCCUCCCCGCCACUGAACUUCCUCGCCGCGGGCUCCGUCGACGGAACCAUCGCCCUCUUCGACACAGCCCACCGCUUCGCCGUCCGUCGCCACAUCAAAGAAGCUCACGAGGCCACCGCCGUCGUCAAGGUUGAGUUUCUGCAGAGCCGGACACCCGGUUCCGCCCAGGCCACGGGCCAACCGCUCGGCCGUCCUUCGCCGCUUGUAUCUGCUGCAACGGGCCAGUCGCGUUCGUGGCUGCUUACGACUGUUGGGCUGGACGGUGUUGUGAGACGGUGGGAUGCGCGCGGUGGUACUGCCGCUGCUGGACAGGGGUUGUUGAAUGAGUGGAAGGGUCAUGCUGGCUUGAUGGAGAAUACGGAGGGAGAGCAGAGUGGGGGAAUUAUGGGCUUUGUGCAGGGGGGUGAUGGGAAGAGGAUUGUUACUGCUGGGGAUGAUGGGGUUGCAUUGAUUUUUGAAGAAUAA